AUCAUAAUCAUUUGGAUAAUCCAGAAUCCGAUUAGACCCAACAAAUUGAAAUUAUCUACGAAGAAUACGAGCAAAACCAAAUACAUACAGAUUGAGAUCCUAAACAGCCGGACUCUCGACGAUCUUCAGAGACAUGCCCGUCUUCUUCUUCUUCUUCUUCCAUUUUUCAUCUUUCUAUUUCAAGGAGAGGACUUGCCUUUUUAACCGAACCAACCCGAAUUUAUCAGCUCCGAUUCGAUUUCUAUUUGAAACAUUAAACCGAUCGGUUUCGACUUUCGUAAACGACGCCGUGUAGUCACUUCACGUAUAAUGGGCCUUUUAGUGGGCUUCUUGAUGUUUAUGCGCUUAAUAUUUAUCAAAAACCCUAAUACUCUCUUCUUCGUCACAUAAAGAAUUUCUUCGCCGCUCAAUUGCUUCCAUCUGUUUCUCUCAGCCGGCGAAAAUGGGUUUUAAGAGAUUCGUGGAGAUUGGGAGAGUGGCGCUCGUUAACUACGGCGAGGAUUACGGAAAGCUCGUGGUUAUCGUCGAUGUAGUCGACCAAAACAGGGCACUUGUGGAUGCCCCUGACAUGGAGAGAAUCCAGAUGAAUUUGAAGAGGUUGUCUCUUACUGACAUUGUGAUUGAUAUCAACAGAGUGCCCAAGAAGAAGCAUUUGAUCGAGGCAAUGGAGAAGGCUGAUGUGAAGAACAAGUGGGAGAAGAGUUCAUGGGGUAGGAAACUUAUUGUGCAGAAGAGAAGAGCUGCACUCAAUGAUUUCGACAGGUUCAAGAUCAUGUUGGCCAAAAUCAAGAGGGCUGGUAUUGUGAGGCAGGAGCUUGCUAAGCUAAAAAGGGAGACCGCUGCUUAAUUUCUUAAUUAUUAUAAUCGUUAUCAUUACCAAUUCUU